UCACCCAAGUCUCCCCAAAAAGUUCCCGCACGAAGAAAAGGGAAACGAGGCCAGAGAGGAGGAAAGGAGGGAGAAAGAAAGAAGACGUCAAAGAAGAAAAGGGGAGAAUGCCGGAACUCCCGGAGGUGGAGGCGGCGCGGAGGGCGAUAGAGGAGCACUGUUUGGGGAAAAAGAUCACCAGAUGCUCCGCCGCCGCCGACCCUAAGGUCAUCGACGGCGUCUCCCCCUCCGACCUCGAAUCUUCGCUCGUCGGCAAGACCAUCCUCGCCGCCCUCCGCAAGGGCAAGAACCUCUGGCUCCGCCUCGACUCCCCACCCUUCCCCACCUUCCAGUUCGGGAUGACCGGGGCCAUCUACAUUAAGGGCGUGGCGGUGACCAAGUACAAAAGGUCUGCAGUGAGCUCGACUGAUGAGUGGCCUUCCAAAUACUCCAAAGUAUUCAUCGAACUAGAUGAUGGUCUAGAAUUAUCUUUCACUGAUAAGAGACGCUUUGCCAAAGUUCGCUUCCUUGAAGAUCCAGAAUCUGUGCCUCCAAUAUCCGAGCUAGGUCCAGAUGCCUUGAAUGAGCCGAUGCAAAUCAAUGAAUUCAUGGACUCACUCAGCAAAAAGAAGAUUGCAAUAAAGGCUCUGCUGCUUGAUCAGAGUUAUAUUUCAGGCAUUGGUAAUUGGGUAGCUGAUGAGGUGCUUUAUCAGGCAAGAAUUCAUCCCCUGCAAAUUGCUUCAAGCCUGUCAAGAGAGAGCUGUGAAUCAUUGCACAGAUGCAUCAAAGAGGUUAUUCAAUAUGCGAUUGAAGUUGAUGCUGACUCCAGCCAUUUUCCAAUUGAAUGGUUGUUUCAUUUUCGGUGGGGAAAGAAGUUUGGAAAAGUAAUUGAAAAGGCACUUGAAGUUGGAGCUGAUAGUAAUCAGUUUCCUGAAAAUUGGAUAUUUCAUUCCCGUGAAAAGAAACCUGGGAAGGCCUUUGUGGAUGGGAAGAAAAUUGACUUCAUCACAGUAGGUGGCAGGACUUCAGCCUAUGUGCCUGAGUUGCAGAAGCUGAAAGGGAACCAAUCCAAGAAGGUCACACAAAGUAAACCAAGAAAGGCGAAGUCUAAUAAAAAUAAUCAUGACCAGGAAGAAUCAGAUAGUGAGGAAGAGGAAUCUAAAGAAGAUCCGAAGUCAAAGAAGAGUGAGACUGCUCCUGGAGGUACAAAGAAGCGGCAAAAGAAAAUUAAUGAUGCUGAUGACAAUGGGGAAAAGCCACAGAAACCAACAAAAGGGAGAACAAAGAAACAAGCAGACAUGGCAGUGAACUCGUCAAACAAGAGAAUAAAAUCUGGUCAAGCAAGUGCACCGCAGAAGAAGAAGGCACGGAAAUAGGAGGUCAGUACCUAACUUCCUAACCAAGAUGCUUUUUGGAGCAGUACAUGGUAGAUUGAGACUCUGAUCUGUCUUCUAUGCUUCUUUUGUUUGUUUCUUCUGCGCCACACCUCACCCCACCUCUGCCCUUUUGAGAGGUUUUUCCUCUUUUGUUUAGAGGUAUAUAUUAGUAUAGAUUAAAGUGGUGCUAUGCUUUUGUGGUUGUAACAGAAAAAUAGUGAUUCUGACUGUUGGUUAGUUAAUGCAUAGAAGUUUGUUGCCCGCUUGUCUGCUGUAA